CGCUAGAUGGCACCUCGUCGUCUGAUAAUCUCAAAUUUUCCAACUUUCCCCCCACACGCACAGCUGCCCGAGACACACGUGUGAGCAAUGGCUUCUGACAGGCUGCAGUUUCAUGAGAUGGGUUUGGAUGAUCGCCUGCUAAAGGCGUUGGCGGACUUAGGUUGGGCGCAACCCACCUUGAUCCAGGAGAAAGCAAUCCCUCUUGCAUUGGACGGAAAGGACCUAUUGGCCCGGGCUCGGACCGGCUCGGGGAAAACCGCUGCCUACGCAGUGCCAAUCAUCCAGCGCAUCCUUACCUCUAAACAGACGGUGCGCGAGCAGGCGGUGAGGGCGCUGAUCCUCGUGCCCACCAAAGAGCUGGGCCAGCAGGUCCAGGCCAUGGUGCGCCAGCUGACUGCUUUCUGCGCCAGGGACGUGAGAGUGGCCGACAUCUCCGGGAAAGCCGAUCUGUCCGCACAGAGGCCCAUCUUAAUGGAGAAGCCGGACAUAGUGGUGGGCACACCCUCGCGGGUUCUGGCCCACCUCAGUGCCCAGAAUAUGACCCUGCAGUCCUCCCUGGAGAUGCUGGUCAUCGACGAGGCCGACCUGGUCUUCUCCUUCGGCUUUGAGAGCGACCUCAAGAGCCUCUUAUGCCACUUGCCUAAGAUCUACCAGGCCUUCCUGAUGUCUGCGACUCUGAACGAGGACGUCCAGUCCCUGAAGGAGCUGGUGCUACACAACCCUGUGACCCUGAAGCUGCAGGGCUCCCAGCUUCCGGACAGCUCCCAGCUGCAGCAGUACAGCGUGCAGUGCGAGGAGGAGGAUAAGUUCCUGCUGAUCUACACGCUGCUGAAGCUGGGCCUGGUGCGGGGGAAGACCCUGCUGUUCGUCAGCGCCGUGGAACGAUGCUACCGCCUCAAACUCUUCCUGGAGCAGUUCAGCAUCCCGGCCUGCGUGCUCAACUCUGAGCUGCCUGUCCACUCCAGGUGUCACAUCAUCACUCAGUUCAACCAGGGCUUCUACAAUUACAUCAUCGCCACGGACGAGCAGAGCCUGGCCAAUCCCAGCGCACCGCCAAAGGGGAACGAGGGCACAGGCAAGAAGAAGAAGAAGAAGAAUGCAGGGAAAGGAGCAGGAGGGAAAGAUAAGGAAUACGGUGUGUCCAGGGGCAUUGACUUCCAGAACGUGUCGAACGUUCUUAACUUCGACCUCCCCACCAGCGUGGACUCCUACAUCCACCGUGUCGGCAGAACGGCCCGAGCGGAUAACCCUGGCACAGCUCUCUCCUUCGUGUCGCACACAGAGCUCCCCCUGCUGGCCCAGAUCGAGGAUGCACUCGCAGGAGAAAACGCAGACUCUGCCUUGAAACCAUAUAGCUUUAAAAUGGAGGAGAUUGAAGGAUUCAGGUACAGGUGUCGGGACGCUAUGCGGUCGGUCACCAAACAGGCUGUGAAAGAGGCUCGACUGAAGGAGAUCAAACAGGAGCUGCUUAAUUCAGAGAAACUCAAGACGUAUUUUGAUGACAACCCCCGCGACCUACAGCUCCUGAGGCACGACCGCGAUCUGCACCCUGCCGUCAUCAAGCCCCACCUUAAGAAUAUUCCUGAAUACCUGAUCCCAACAGCCCUCAAAGGUGUAGCCAAUCCCAUCACUGGAAGGAAAAAGAGGUGGAGACCUGUGAAAACUGCGCCAGCGGGUGUUGUGAAAAAUAAAAACUUCAAGCAUCAGCACAGAGGCAGAAACCCCCUGAAGAGCUUCCGCUACACGGGGAAGAAGGGCAAGGGAGGGGCCGCCAAGGCUGGCCAGUCCUAACACACUGGCCUCACCAUGGACCUAUCACAGACUCUUGGAACAAGGUGCCAUCCAGCACCACCCUUCUGGAUUGGCUCACUCGUGCCGUGUUGCUUGUUUUGUCCUUUCAAGGAAACUCAGAGGUGCUAUUCGGCUGUGAGCUUUUCCAAGGACUGGUCAAUUCAGUAUAAUGUGGUUCACAUGAGCCAUCCAACAAGCAAACUGACUGAACCUCAGAAGCUUCACCUGGAUGUCCAGUUUGGGAUUAUCUUUAUUUUUGAUACUGAAUUGAAUUGCAAUUAAAAAUGAUAAUAAUAAUAAUAAUUUAGUCACCUGUUCACAGUUCUGCCAUAUGCAGUUUUCUUGUCUGAAAGUGUCUCUUGCUCUCUGGUCAGUCUGAUGAAAGGUGUUUUUGAAGAGCGUUUUACUUGAUCAGAACUGGAUAAUGGAGCUGUAUUAGGUCAGAGUGCUGAUGUCUUCGCUCAACACAUUGCCGCCAUCUCUUCUUCAGCAGCAUCCCUUCGCCGCUGAGCCAUGGUUGAGCCUGCUCAGGCUGUGCUGCGUGGUCUCUUCUCCCUCUCACGACCAGCAGGGGGCAACACCCAUGCCUUUUGAUCCGUCUUUAUGGUUAUACCUUGAGUGUAUGUGUACUUCCUC